AUGGCUGUGAGGCUAGACCAUGCUGAGAUAGAUGGAAGCUUGUAUGCUAUGGCCACUGCUUUAGGCUCUUACCAUAGUCCCAACACUUCACGGUUUAAUACUAAUUUUGUUUGCUUGACUGGACCAAGCUGGAACUUUUGUCUUCUUCCGUUUAAAUCUAAGCAUUUGGUGAAGCCUGUUGAUCCAGAAAUGGAUGGAUACCCUCAAGAACAAUCCCAUUUAACAAACAAAUGGUUUAGCUCAAAGUCAUCAAAGAAGAUACCUCUGACUGCUGUUACUUCUGUCAUUGAUGGCUUGAAAAAACUUUAUAUCGAAAAGUUAAAGCCUUUGGAAGUUACAUACAAGUUCAAUGAUUUUGUCUCCCCUUUGCUAGUAGAGAUGGAGUGCAAGGUGAAGCAGUUUACAAUUAGUUGA